CUGAAAACAUUCACCCGUUCACCACAUACACACACACACCGUCAGCACGGGAGCCCAUUUCACAAUAAACCGAUAAGGACAGACAACAAACGCUUCUCAUCAAGUCGGCGUGUGACGUUUUUUUCCUCAUAUUGCAAUGAAAUGAGGGGAGCAUGGGGGCCAAAGAGUCGAGGAUAGGAUUCCUGUCGUAUGACGAGGCCGUCAAGAGAGUCACUGAUGUGGAACUGAAGCGGCUCAAAGAUGCUUUCAAGAGAACCAGCGGCCUCUCCUAUUACAUGACCCAGCAGUGCUUCUUCAGGGAAGUGCUGGGAGAUGGGGUUCCCCCUAAAGUUGCAGAGGUGAUCUACACUUCGUUCGGCGGCUCGUCAAAGGGCCUGCACUUCAACAAUUUGAUCGUGGGUCUGGUUCUUCUGACCAGAGGACGCGAUGAGGAGAAGGCCAAGUACCUCUUCAGCCUGUUUGCCAGUGAUCUGGGUGGAUGCGCUGCCAGGGAAGAUAUAGAAGCUGUCCUGCAGAUCUUGGAUGGAGAAGUUCCAACCUCCCUGAAGAAGUGCUUCAGCGAGGGUGACAAGGUCAACUAUGAGCGCUUCAGGAACUGGCUCCUGCAGAACAAGGAGGCGUUCACUUUGUCCAGAUGGCUUCUGUCUGGAGGAGUGUGCGUCACGCUGACAGAUGACAGCGACACGCCCACCUUCUACCAGACCCUGGCUGGAGUCACUCACUUGGAGGAGUCUGACAUUAUAGACUUGGAGAAGCGUUAUUGGUUACUGAAAGCCCAGUCCAGAACCGGCCGCUUCGACUUGGAAACCUUCGUCCCACUGGUCUCCCCUCCUAUCCACGCCUCACUGAGUGAGGGCUUGUUUCACGCCUUUGAUGAAAAUCGGGACAAUCACAUCGACUUUAAAGAGAUCUCUUGCGGACUGUCUGCAUGCUGCAGGGGGCCCGUCGCUGAAAGGCAGAAAUUUUGCUUUAAAGUGUUUGAUGUGGACCGUGAUGGGGUUCUGUCUCGAGAUGAGCUCCAUGAGAUGGUGGUGGCCUUGCUUGAGGUGUGGAAGGACAAUCGCACAGAUACACUCCCAGAGCUGCACAGUAGCGUGUCAGACAUAGUAGAGAACAUCCUGAAGAUGCACGACACAACCAAGCUGGGUCACCUGACACUCGAGGACUACCAGAUCUGGAGUGUGAAGAGCGCUUUGGCCAAUGAGUUCCUAAACCUGCUCUUCCAGGUGUGUCACAUAGUCCUGGGGCUCAGGCCUGCUACUCCUGAGGAAGAAGGACAGAUCAUCAGGGGUUGGUUGGAGAGGGAGAGCAGACAUGGGCUGCAGCAAGGCCAGAACUGGUUCCUCAUCUCCAUGCUGUGGUGGCAGCAGUGGAAGGACUAUGUUAAAUAUGAGCAUAAGGGCAUCGUGGUGGAACAACCGUCCAUCCUGAGCUCGCUCAGGGGCCCGAUGGCCACAGCGACCGUAGAGCCUAUCCUCCCUGACAGACUGGGAGGGCUGGGAACCUUCAGCCCCGUCAGCCCCACCGAGGAGAGGUCGCCCGAUGCCGUGUCCAGCGCCUCAGAGGCAACAGAAAUCACCCUGAGCCCCCAGGUAGCUCCAUCAGCUACAGAGAGCUGUUUUGCCCGUCAGCACAAUGUGUCCGACAACAACAAUCAGUGUUUUUCUGGAGCCAACGGCCACCUCCCAUCCCAGCUGGCAGCACAAAGACCCGGCGCCAUCGACAACCAGCCCCUGGUCAACACCGACCCCAUGAAGGCCCCUACGUUAACCAUGGAGGGUGGCAGGCUGAAGCGCUCCUUGCAGCUGGUGCCUGGUAGAGACUUUGAGACGGUGCCAGAGCCGGUGUGGAGGGCACUCUACCACUGGUACGGUGCCAACCUCAGCCUGCCGCGACCAGUAAUCCUAGAAAGCAAGACGGGACAAGGAGAGCUGGAGCUCUUCCCCCGCUACCUUCUCUUCCUCCGCCAGCAGCCGGCCACGCGCUCCCCCCAGUCCAACAUCUGGGUCAAUAUGGGUAUGACCAGCCUGCGAAUGUUCCCACCACAUAUACCCCCACCGAGAGGUAACGUGCCAUCGCCCAACGCUCCCCUGAAGAGGAUGCUGGCUUACACAGGCUGCUUCAGCCGCAUGGCCACCAUCAAGGACAUCCACCUGUACCUGUCACAGAGGCUCCGCAUUAAAGAGGAGGACAUGAGGCUCUGGCUCUACAACAGUGAGAACUACCUCACCCUCCUGGAUGAUGAAGAUCACACACUGGAAGGCUUGAAGAUCCCGGAUGAGCAGCAGCUCGUCAUUGAGGUCAGGAACAAAGACAUGAGCUGGCCCGAGGAAAUGUCUUUCAUUGCCAACAGUAGCAAGAUGGACAGACAUAAAGUUCCUACGGAGAAAGGAGCCACUGGCCUCAGUAACCUUGGCAACACCUGCUUCAUGAACUCGAGCAUCCAGUGUGUGAGCAACACCAAGCCCCUCACAGACUACUUCAUCUCAGGGAAACACCUCUAUGAGCUCAACAGAACGAACCCCAUCGGCAUGCGAGGUCACAUGGCCAAGUGUUACGGCGACCUGGUGAUGGAGCUGUGGAGCGGGACGCAGAAGAACGUGGCUCCGCUCAAACUCAGGUGGACGAUAGCUAAGUACGCCCCGCGGUUCAACGGCUUCCAGCAGCAGGAUUCUCAGGAGCUGCUGGCCUUCCUGCUGGACGGCCUCCACGAAGAUCUGAACCGGGUCCAUGAGAAGCCCUAUGUGGAGCUGAAGGACAGCGAUGGCCGGCCUGACUGGGAAGUGGCCUCUGAGGCGUGGGAGAACCACCUGCGGAGGAACCGCUCCAUCGUGGUCGACCUGUUCCACGGUCAGCUCAAGUCCCAGGUGAAGUGCAAGACCUGCGGCCACAUCAGCGCUCGCUUCGACCCCUUCAACUUCCUGUCCCUGCCCCUGCCCAUGGACAGCUCCAUGCAUCUGGAGAUCACUGUCAUUAAACUGGACGGCUCUACGCCCGUGCGCUACGGCCUGAGGUUGAAUAUGGACGAGAAGUACACGGGGCUGAAGAAGCAGCUGAGCGAACUGUGCAGCCUGAAGCCUGAGCAGAUCCUCCUGGCUGAGGUCCAUACUUCCAACAUCAAGAACUUUCCUCAGGACCACCAGAAGGUCCGUCUCUCUGUCAAUGGCUUCCUGUGUGCGUUUGAGGUCCCAGUGCCGGGUUCACCAACGUCCCUGUGCUCACCCACACUUACAGACAUUACCCCUAUAGCCAACGGCUCGACUGCGAACGGGCACCUGGGCAAUAAUCCCGUCCUCAUCCCUAAUGGUGGGCCCAACACCAUGAUGGCCUCCAGCCCGGAGACACCUGUGGGAAACGGGAUCGCCAAUGGACACGUCACACCGGUGCAGGAUAGCCCCUUCAUUGGAUACAUCAUCGCCAUGCACAGGAAGAUGAUGCGCACGGAGCUGUACUUCCUGUCGUCUCAGAAGAACCGGCCCAGUCUGUUUGGCAUGCCGCUCAUUGUCCCCUGCACCGUGCACACCAGUAAGAAGGACCUGUACGACGCAGUCUGGAUCCAAGUUUCCAGGCUGGCCAGCCCACUGCCCCCACAGGAGGCCAGCAACCACGCACAGGACUGCGACGACAGUAUGGGCUACCAGUACCCCUUCACCCUAAGGGUUGUGGGUAAGGAUGGAAACUCCUGUGCCUGGUGUCCCUGGUACAGGUUCUGCAGAGGCUGUAUAAUAGACUGUACGGAGGACAGAGCUUCUGUUGGAAAUGCUUACAUAGCUGUGGACUGGGACCCCACCGCCCUGCACCUCCGCUACCAGACCUCCCAGGAGAGGAUUGUGGAGGAACACUGCAGUGUUGAGCAGUCUCGUCGAGCCCAAGCGGAGCCCAUCAGCUUGGACAGUUGCCUGAAGGCCUUCACCAGCGAGGAGGAGCUGGGAGAGGACGAACUCUACUACUGCUCCAAGUGCAAGACUCACCGACUGGCCACCAAGAAGCUGGACCUCUGGAGGCUGCCGCCCAUAUUGAUUGUCCACCUGAAGCGCUUCCAGUUUGUGAACGGUCGCUGGAUUAAGUCUCAGAAGAUUGUCAAGUUCCCACGUGAGAACUUUGACCCCAGUGCCUUCCUGGCUCCCAGAGACCUGGAGCAGCACAGCCUCCACUCCCGCAGCGAGAGCGAAGACCUGCUUAGGGUUGGGGAAGACAACCUGUCGUCCAUAUCUGCUCCCGCCGGCUUCUGCAACCUCCCCAAAGCCUCCCCCGCUUUAAGCAGGAAGUCCACAUCUUCUCUCAGCCGGACCAGCAGCCCCUCCGGCAGCCCCAAAACCGGCAGCGGCGGCCGCAGACCAGGCCGGCUACGCCUGCCCCAGCUGGGCAGCAGACACCGCCUCUCCAACAGCAAGGAGAACCUGGACGCGGCUGCUAACCCCGAAGCCGAGCCUAGGGACGGCGCACCACAGGCAGACGCAGAGGGCAGCGCAGACCUCCCCGUAUCAGGGGACCCCAUCACGACAGAAUCAUCUUGCGGUACGGAGGCGUCCAGCAGCCACUGUGACGUGGUCCUGAUGAACGGAGACAGCAACGGGUUGAGCUCAGACUGCAGCACCGAGGGAAGCAUAGACCCCGACAACUCUCUGCUGCAGCACAGGGACAUGUGUCUGGACGCCAUCUACAACCUCUAUGCAAUAUCAUGCCAUUCAGGAAUCAUGGGAGGAGGCCACUAUGUGACAUAUGCCAAAAACCCCAAUGAGAAAUGGUACUGUUACAAUGACAGCAGCUGUAAGGAAGUGCACUCUGAGGAGAUCGACACCGACUCGGCCUACAUCCUCUUCUACGAGCAGCAGGGAGUGGACUACUCCCAGUUCCUGCCAAAGAUCGACGGCAAGAAGAUGGCCGACACCAGUAGCAUGGACGAAGACUUUGAGUCCGACUACAAGAAGUACUGCGUCCUCCAGUGACCGCACCUCGUCUUCCAUCAGCCAGCACUACACCUGCUCUCCGCUUUCAGCCCGCUGCUCCGAGCAUUAAACGCCAGCCAGACGUUUCGGUCCUUCAGAAGAAUUCUCACAAACUGCUAAUGACUAGAGCGCUCGCUGUGUUUAGGGAUGCGUCACAGCACUUUCUACGCUUGAUUACGAGCACGGGUUAGCGAAAAGGUUUUGCCAAGACAACGAUGAAGCCCCCCCAUGCCCCCAAACAAACACACACACACACACACACACACCCAUGAAAGCACUAAACUGGUGCACUUUGCUGAGCCCGAUGAAACAACCCCCUCUCUCCCUCCUCCCUCGUGAACGUCGCCAUAACACACACACACACACACACACACGUAACCAAUACUAACGCGUCACUGAAUGUGCGCCGGUUUGGCCAAAUCAUGAAGUGAUGCUUUCUCAUUUUGCAUUUAUCACUUGUGAUGUCAGAAUGAAAAGGAAAAAAAAAAAAAAUGCACCUAGAGUUAAAAAAAAAAAUAAAAAAUCCUGAAAAACUUAAAAUACUAAUGCGUUCUGGGUGUAAAUAGAAUAUUCACGAUUGGAUGCAGGUUGAGAUGUAAGUUGGUAUCUCGGACCGUGACGAGCUUUUAAAUAAUGGUUCUCCAAAGGUUUUAUUAGCGAUUGUGCAUCUAGGGAAAACAUGAGUCAUACGCUACCUCAUCGCUUCUUGCAGUCUGUCGGCCAACUCUUCCCUAAAGUCUGUGACAGUAUUAUUAAUAAUGAAAUGCUUCCUUCCAUCGUAGGACGCGUACGUGGUACAUACAUUUCAGGAGAAUCCCCCCCAGCAAAAUAAAAAAAAUUUAAAAAAACGCAAAAAAAAAAAAAAAAACAAAUCACCCGCCUGCGUCCCUCCACGAGGACGCUCACACGUGUUCUGACGGUGACACGAAAUGAGGCAUUUUUUUGCCAAAACUGUGUUUCAUCCUGCGGCUGCCAUAUAGAUGACAUGUACCCCUGGUGGUUUCUGCCGUGCCGACCUGUGCGUCGCCACAGCUGCUCUGUAGUGGGGAUCUGGGUGCAUUUAGGACAGGUGCCAUGCUUCAAGAGUAAUAGACAGUAUGUGUUUAAUCCUGUUUUUUUUUUUGUUUUGUUUUUUUUGAUUCAUGUGUCAUUUUAAGAGAUUUAUUUUAUUGUUGUUUGUUUUCUUAAGGUCCAGCUUCUGGAGCUGCUUCAGGUCAGGAGUUAAUAUUUAACUGAAAGCCUCAUUCGGAGGAAGCAGCGCCGUUGCAACAUGCACCUUUAACCCAGACUCUGUUCUCCACUGUGGAUGAAUCAGACGUAUCUAAGUUUCACACCGUCUUUGGAAACAAGAUAUGUAUACAAAUAUAUGUAUAAAAAAGAAAAAAAAGAUUUUACCAGUGAUUUUAAUGUCAUAUUUAAGAUGCGAUACCGUGCGACAGUUUCAAAUUAAUCAAAAUCAAUUCAGCAGAGGUAUCUUUUUUUAAUUAUUAUCAUAAUAAAUCUGUGACCUACAUUACCCACAAUGCAACGUAACUGCCAGCACUUUGAUUCCCCAUUUGUGUGUUAUUCUAAUACUUGCUGCUGCAGCUACAGAUUUCUCCUAAAUUUGCUUUUAAUUCCAAAAUGUGUCAAAUGAAAGGACGUAAAGUGUACGCAGCGUGUGUGACGGUGUGUCCUGGGCUAAAUCUGUGCGUUGCAUGCGGCUGUGGGGAGUGAUAUAAAGACGGUAGUCUCUUCCUCCUACUGUACCAAAGUGAAACGUUGCAGAAAUGGCCGCUGCUGCUUUGAACUGGCGACACGAUUUGCAGCCAGAUUGCGCGUAGCGAGUGGCUGAGGGCGGGGAUCCAGUUCCUUCCUCGCGCCCCCUGGUUGCAAAAUGAUGUCGCCAGCAGCACGAGCAGCUCCCAUUGACACACAGAUUGAGUCUUCACUUCUCAAGGAACUAUCUGGGGAGACGAGAAGCCGUCUUUAUAUUAAGUGUGUAAAUACGAGGCGCACCAUUUAAAGCACAACGUGAACCUGACGAUUAAGGCUCGUAGCGUAGCUCCUGGUUAUCCCGGGUAAAGCGGAGGCGCUGUGUCAAAAUGUAAUUUUAACGGCUUUGGUAUUUCACUGUUUUUUGUUUGUUUUUGUUUUUUUUUUUUUUACUUGCAUGGUGUGAAACCCUGAACAAACCCGGCACCAGGCCCCUGAACAGGUUAAUCUGAACCUUUCUAAAACCACGAAUGAGAUUCAGAAGCAAGUGAUAUUUCACCAUCUCCUUCAAUUUCAUUCAUUUCAAGUAUUGGCUUGAUAUAUGAUGACAUUUCAAUAUCUAUGGAGGAUAUGGGUUCCGUCGUUAAUCAAACGAUGAGUGAAUAUUUAUUUAAAUUUGGUUUUGUUUUAGGAAAAUCUGCAAAUCCGAUGUCGAAAAACCCUCAACACAACCAACCCAAUAACUGUCUCAUAACAUUUUGUCCUUGCUCCGUGUAAUAAGCAGCGCUCUCCGGGACACUUCAGGGAAUCCACCUGGAAAAGUUCAGACGCCCUGAUAUCAGACACAACCCUGUUGAUGGCGUCAGAUCUGUAAACGCUUACGCUGGACCACAACGUUUUUAGCUCCUUGUGUGAUUCAUUUGGUCUAAAUACUGAUGUCAUGUAAACUAUAAAUUACAAUCCUGUUUGUAUCCGGAAGGCUCGGCUGCUCGACGUGAUCGCUGAGGUCACUUAUAAACCACCUGUGUUUUUGUUUUGUUUUCUCUUCGUGUGGAGAGUCCGGCCGGGGCCUGACGUCUGCUCCGUAGCUGCAUGCGUGGAGCUCCUCCUGUGAGGAGAGGCUCAGUCUAAUCACUGUGAACAGACAGCGGCCGGCGGCUCCCUACAAAAAAACGAUUCCCCCGGUUUUUUUUCUUCUAGAUCACAGAGGAGAUGAGCCUCUGUGUGUUUUUUUUUUUCUUUUCUUUUUAGCUGCUGUAUUUGUGAGGAGAAAGCGUCAUGGUCGAUGUGUUUGGAGCGUCCCUCCGAACCAAACGUUGUUUUCCUUUGCAAAGACUCGUUUGUUGAACAAAUGGAAAUGUACAGAUGAGUGCUAUUUAUGUCGGCUUGCUCAGCUCUACCGCUCCUCCACCCUCCUGCCUUUGCACCGAGUCGUAGACGACGUCCAGUUUGUGUCCGUGUUUGUCAUCACAUGGCUCAAAGGGGAAAGUUGUACUAAGGAUUUGAGAACCCAGUGUGUGAAAAAUGUUUGCUUCGUUUAAAGGUGCAAUAGAUGUCAACUUAGGAUUUUUUUUUUUUUUUGGCCUUGAAUGUGCCCUCAAACAACCUGUAGCUAAAACUGCAUUUGCAAAAUUACAACAUUGUACUUUGUGGUUAAUUUCAGCACAAAUUUAAAAAAAGAAAAUAAAAGUCCAGAAGCAAAGAUUUUCUGCCCAACAGAACUGUGAAACUGAAACUGAAACUGGGCAAACGCUGAUCCUGUAAACCACAGGGCUCAUAUCUCAAUACCCCCACACCCACCUCCCCCUCCCUCUCCCUCCCACCCAGAAGACUGGUCCCCGGUGUCGGCAGGCAGUGCAAUCUACUACUGAGCUGUGUGUCAGUGUCUGUAGACUCUUUAUUUAAGUUCAGAUCUGAACCAGACGUGUUAAUUUAAAGAACUUUUUUUUUUGUAAGGUGUUUGUUGAAAGAAAGUCACAUUGCACUGACAUGAAACCAUGUACAUAGAUAAAAAAAAUGUGUUUUGUAAAUAAGCCAAUGAAAACUAUGUAUUUGAAUAUGGACUGUACAAAAUACUGUACUUGUAGUUGUAUAUGGAGUGAUACUGUUGAUCUGUAACAAAAAUACUCAAGCGACAAAUUAAAUUCUGCAGAGGAAAUGAA